GUUAGUAAGGAUUCUUCAGGUAACCAGCUGAGUAUCUCUAUCAAAACAUCAUCUGGAAGAUAUACAUCACUUGUCUUUUGCGGAUGCAAUGAUUCUUCAAUGCCCGGAACUAACCGAUACAAAACAUCCCACAACCAUGUAAAGCACCUGAAUGACAUUGGAGGCAGGCAGGCAGAACGGAGAAUUCUAAUGAUACGGAAGGGAAAGCCUUUAGAAGUUGUUAAUAUAUAUAAGGAAGUUUUGGGUGAAAAUCCGAUUCCUGUACAAAAAGGAAUUUCGGACUCGGCUGGAGCCGUCAAAAUUUGAGCUCGACCGAGCCGGCUGGAGUUUCUCCUUGGCUUGGGGAAAAGGUGGAAAAGCAUUAGAUCAUUAUUUAAACCCCAACACCCAACCCCCAAGGAUUUGGUUUUAUUAUAAAAAAACAUCGCCUUUGCCGCUUAAACUAAACAGGGGAAAAAAAGGAGACUUUAGAAAAUGGACACGUCAUUUGUGAUUCUGAUAUGAAGACACGUUUCUGUGAUUCCGCCACGCGCUUCUUCUUCUUCUCCUUCUUCUUCAUCCUUGCCUCUUCACUUGCAUUUGCUUUCAAUCUUCAUCCUCAUCAGAACUUUGGGUUUUGCGGAGAAAACCACAAGGAGGACGCUGUUACUAGUGAACAAUCUCAAUCGUCAAUUCAAAUGGCCGCCGUUGGAGCCCCCCACGAUUCUUCUCCGAAUAGUAGUAACUCCGCCGAGAUCGAAGAAAUUGCUCGAUUCGCUGUUGAACAGCACAAUCACAAAGAGAAUGCGGUGGUGGAGCUGGGUAGGGUGGUGAAAGCGGAAGAACAGGUUGUAUCCGGUAAGUUACACCACCUGACACUUGAAAUCAUUGAGGCUGGGAAGAAAAAACUCUAUGAAGCUAAAGUGUGGGUGAAGCCCUGGUUGAACUUCAAGGAGCUUCAAGAAUUCAAGUAUAUCAAGGACGUUAUUCCAUCCUUUACUUCCUCGGAUUUGGGCGUUAAAAAGCCGGAUCGAGCUGGAUGGCGAUCCGUCCCUGUUCACGACCCGAACGUCAAAGAUGCAGCUGAGCAUGCCCUCAAGACCAUCCAGCAGAGGUCCAAUUCGUUGAUUCCGUACGAGCUUCAUGAGAUUGUUCAUGCUCAGGCUGAGUUGACUGAAGAGUCUGCGAAGUUUGAUAUGCUGCUUAAGCUGAAGAGGGGUGAGAAAGAAGAGAAACUCAAGGUUGAGGUUCACAAGAACAACAAUGAUGGUGCUUUCCGCUUGAAUAAGAUGGAACCAGACCGUUCUUGAUCUUGUCCAGUUGAUAGAUGAUGACUUUUGGCAUGUAAUAUCUUUAGUGUAUUAUGUUUUAACUUUGGAAAUGGGGAAUAAUAUACUUCAUAGGUUUUGUAUUGCUGGACUUCAAAUGAUGCGUCUUCAUUGUCUUUGGUAUGUUUUCAGUCAUUGAUAAAUUAAUAUAGUCAUUCCGUCCCAAAAUAAUUUUUCUGUUACUAUAAUGUAGCUACUAACUACCCUUUC